CCCGAGCUUGGAAUGAUCGGAACAAUCCGACCGGCCCCAGAACAGAGAGAAGUGGCGGAGUGGCGACCUUCUUCAGUGGGUUCGGUGUCCGAUGGGGAUUUACAAUGCGCCUGCCACGUUUCAUCGAGCAAUGAAUAUGACAUUCCAGAACUUCGUCAACAAGACGCGACUAGCACAAGGGAUGGUCAACUUCUACGUGAUCGUGUACAUGGACGAUAUCCUUGUCUACUCGAAGACCUAUCACGGGCACGCACAACACAUCGAGGGGACAUUGGGAGCGCUGAGAGACGCUGGGUUCAAGAUCGCUCGAGAAGAGCGAGUUUUUCCUCUCGGAAAUUUUGUUCUUGGGCUACGUCGUGACACGUGGAGGACUGCGGCCGGACUCAAGGUUGCGGCGUCAGCGCGAGCUCCCACUCUCUCCUACCGUGUUAAGGAGAACAAUGCGCCACUAUUGAGUGAGGAGAAGUGGGACACGUGGUGGGAGGACUAUGUCGAGCUCGCUUUCUGCCUAUUGGAGAUAGAGUUCCGCUGGUCAGAAGCGGCCCCGUUCGGACAAGGACCGGAGCACCCAGAAGACAGCGUGGAGUUUCUGAUCAUCCAAGCCUGGAGAACGGCGGAGCAGGGCGAUCUGCUGGGAAUUGUGUUCGGGAAGGUGGAGGAAGGUAAUCUCACCUUGAUCACGGACGAAUUGCUGGUGUUUUUGACUCAGCUGGUGGACAAUCUGCCCCAGGGCAUUUUGUCGCGCGGUGACAAGCAGCCUGGCACCCACAUGCUGUCUCGAACGCUCGAGCCGCACCUUGUGUGGUCCACGUGUACAGAGAUUGACGAGGACAACUAUCUCUAUCCCUCCCAGGCGCUCUACUUGGAGAUCGACGUUACCGAUCUCACGUUUUGGGAUCCGAUUGCGAGGCAAAACUUGGCGCAGGACGAGGAGAUAGGGGGAGCAGACGAAGAGGAAGAAGAAGAGCCAUCGAGCGAAGAACGAGACGAUCCAGACUACGUACCGGAAAGCGAAGCGGGGAUAGCCGACGAAUCGAGCCAACCGCGGGAAAAGAACGAAGAGGAGGGAUAGGUGGAACCAAACGAGGAAGAAAAAGAAGGAAACGAGCAAGCGGAGUACGAAGGAUUCGAGGCUGAGGUGCGUGAUGCGGCUCGAGAACGAGCGCAAGAACAAAGGAAACGAAAGCGC